CGACUUCCCCAGAAACGUUAUCGACUUGCUUCCAGUCCACGCGAAGGGGAGGGGCGGCGAUUCGAACCUCAACCGACGUACUAUUCAGGAGAUUGCGUGGAUGGUCCGUCACUUGAUGCUAUAAAAUCACCUCCCUGACAUGCAGAAAAGCAUAAUUUGAGGUAGCAAAUAAUCUUUAUACACACAGAAAAUGGGAAUCUUGCACAAGGAAGAGGAGGAGGUAUGGGAGCAGCUGCGGCGAGAGGCGGCGGAGGAAGCAGAGACGGAGCCGCUCUUGGCAAACUACCUGAACGCCACAAUCCUCGUCCACAAGACAAUGGAGAGCGCUCUGGCUUUCCAUCUGGCCGACAAGCUGGCGACUUCCAUGCUCCCUACCACGCUGUUCUAUAACCUACUGCUAGAAGUCUUUACACAAAAUCCCCGAAUAGGCCACGCUGUUCGAGCCGACAUUUGCGCUGUCAAAACCAGAGACCCUGCUUGCAUUUCCUACUCGCACUGCAUGCUCAGCUUCAAGGGAUUUUUAGGCUGCCAGGCGCACCGCGUGGCGCAUAGGCUUUGGUCUCAGGGUCGAUUCUCGGUAGCCCUGGCGAUCCAAAGUAGGGUUUCUGAAGUGUUCGCCAUGGACAUUCAUCCUGCCGCUCGGAUUGGCGAGGGCGUGCAUUUCGACCAUGCUACGGGACUUGUCAUCGGCGAGACCGCCGUCAUUGGUGACAAUGUGACCAUUCUGCAUCACGUUACCCUUGGCGGCAGCGGCAAGCAUGGCGGCGACAGGCAUCCGAAGAUUGGGAAGGGGGUCUUGAUCGGCGCGGGGGCUAGUAUUCUGGGCAAUGUUAAUAUUGGGGAAGGGGCUAAGAUUGGAGCCGGGGCUGUGGUGCUCAUUGACGUGCCGCCCAAGACUACUGCUGUUGGAAACCCUGCUAGAUUAAUUGGGGGAAAGUGUAAUCCUUCCAGAUUGACUGCGAAUUCCUGUAAAGCUAUGGAUCAUAUGCCUUUGAUCCCUGAAUGGUCAGAUUAUGUAAUUUGAGAUUAUUUUAAGAAAAUCCAUUAAUGGUCUGGGCCCAUUUUGGGGGAA